CCGUACCAAAAAAUUCGCCCAUCUCGCUGAUUUAAUUUCAAAAAUUCGAAAAUGUACACAAGUGUGAAAAAUGAAGAGAAAUUCAGUCGGCCAUAGAAAGGCCCAAAAGGGUGGGGGUGCCAAGUUCGUCUCUUCCCCAACAUUAGAAAGAGAUUAGUUGUGUUGAGUCCAAGUGAAUCGGCCAUUUUCUUCUUCCACUGCAUCACGUACACGGUGGUCGCUUCCAGAAGAAAAAUCGCAUUCAAAUCAAACAUUCGAAAUGUCUGACAUUCCUGUGGAAAUUCCCCGGAAAACUGACGAGGAAAAGGCCCCAACAGUUGGGGAAAAACCGGAGGAAAACGCCCCAACAGUUGGGGAAAAACCGGAAAACGCCCCAACAACUGGGGAAAAACCGGAAGAAAACGCCCCGUCAGUUAAACCGGAAACCGCCCCAUCAGGUGGGGAAAAACCGGAGGAAAACGCCCCAACAGUUGGGGAAAAACCGGAAAACGCCCCAACAACUGGGGAAAAACCGGAAGAAAACGCCCCAUCAGGUGGGGAAAAACCGGAAACCGGCCCACCAGUUGGGGAAAAACCGGAAGAAAACGCUCCACCAGGUGAAAAACCCAGGGCCUCCACGUCGGGCAAGGCCGCCAAGGCGGAGGAGAAGCGCGAGCGCGGGCCCGUGGUGGAGCCCGCCUUCGAGCAGCCGCCCCACCAGAUGGACCUCAUCCUGGACGAGCUCUCCCUGGUCGACGACAGCCCGGACAUCGUCCUCGAGGGCAAGACCGAGGAGCAGAAGGCCGCCGAGCUGAAACAGAUCGAGGAAGAGGCCGACAAGCUGUUCCGUCUGGGCUGGAAGUACGAGUUCGGCUACUGCAAGGACCUCUACACUCCAGAGGAGAUUGCGAAGAAACGCACCGAGAUCUUCAGCACGGUGUUGGGCCUGCACCGGAAGGCCAACCGGUACGACGACACCUACGAGAGGAUGGUGGCCAUCAGGUCCAUUCACUACAAACUCAAGGCUGAUAAGAUUGUGGAGGAAGUGGAGGCGGAAUAUGACGAUGAGUCGCUCGAGUCGUGCAAGAAGGCCUACGUUAGGCUUUCCAAGGCUGCGGAUAUUUAUUAUUAUUGCAUGCAGAAUGAUGGGGUUUAUUCGUAUAAUUUUAGUGUGACGUCGGGUAAGUGUAGGAAUGUGAGGAAGAGGUUGGAGGAGUUGUUGGUAAGGGACGGGAAUUCGCAGAUUAGGUUGUUGAGUGAUGUGUAUAAAGGCACUUAUAUUCAGGAUAUUAAGGUCCGGGGAAAUGUUGUCUAAUGUUAAUUGUUUAUUUUUCUUUUGUUUAAUAAAUUACCAUUUUUCACCUUU